UUUUUUAUACAUGCUAGUAGAUAAAGUCAAUAGCAAUUAAAUCUCUGUAGUACCACUUUCCCAAGUUUAAUCAACUGUCUUCAUCAAGUCUUUUAAUUAUUAUUUAUUUUGAUUUACUAAAGUAACUUCAGUCUCAACAAUAUCAGAAUAAAUAUCUAGUAAAGUUGAAUACAAGAACAAAUUCCAAAACCCCAACACACUACACUGUAGUAGAGAGAGAAGAUCUAGAUGGCUAUCGGAGAAUACUCCGACCAGUCUACAGUGUCAGUCGGAGUAUCAUUCAGGCUCCGGUGGGACGUGUUUCUGAGCUUCAGAGGUGAAGAUACGCGCAAUAACAUCACAAAAUACCUCUACGAGUCGCUCGAGAAGAAAGGCGUUCGAACCUUCAUAGACGAUGAUGGCCUGAAUCGUGGAGAGGAGAUCGCUCCGUCCUUGCUCGAGGCCAUCGAUGACUCUGCCGCCGCCAUUGUCAUACUAUCGAAGAGAUAUGCCGAUUCUCGGUGGUGUUUGGAAGAGUUGGCAAAGAUUUGCGAUUGCCCCAAUAAGUUGAUUCUGCCAGUUUUUUGCGAGAUCGCUCCUGGUGACGUCCGCAAACAGAUCGGACCUUAUGAAAAAGAUUUUAAGCUUCACGAGGAGAAACGAUCACCCGAAUUGGUAGAGCGGUGGAGGAAAGCCAUGGAUAAGGUGGGAAAUCUUUCUGGAUGGGUUAUCGACAAUAGUGAGAAACCAGAAGAAGUUGGACCAAAAAUUCAAGCUAUAGUUGAAGUUGUAUUGCGAGCAAUCAGCAAAACACCGAUGGGUUUGGCUCCAUACAUUGUUGGACUUGAUUCCUGCAUUGAAGAACUCGUGAAACUUUUACAAGUUAAAUCCAAUGGCGUCCGAGUUUUGGGAAUGCAUGGUAUGGGAGGGAUUGGGAAGACAACUUUAGCCAAAGCUCUUUUUAAUAAACUUGUUGGCGCCUUUAGCUUACAUAGUUUCAUAUCAAAUGUGAGAGAAGUUCCAACAGAUGUUGCUGGCCAAAUAUCUCUACAAAACAAGCUCAUCGACGAUCUUUCUGGCCGCAAAAAUCCUCAUGUAAGUGACAUUAGGGAAGGUCAAGCUGCAAUCAAAAUGUUUCUUAAUGAGAAGCGGGCUCUUGUAGUUUUGGAUGAUGUUGAUAAUAUUAUGCACCUGCAAACUCUAAUUUCCAAAAGAGAUGUGUUCUAUAAUGGGAGUCGGAUUAUAAUUACCACAAGAGAUACAACAGUGCUAAAAAGUGUUGUGGAUUUGGAGUAUGAGGUCAAAGUCUUGGAUCAGCCUUCGGCAUUGGAACUCUUUAGCUAUCACUCACAAGGAAGAAAGAAGCCACGAAAUAAUUUUGAGGAUUUGUCUAAUCAAAUCGUUUCUUUAACUGGCUAUUUACCAUUGGCAUUGGAAGUAAUUGGUUCUAUGUUGUUUGAUAAGAGGACAACUAAGGAGUGGAGUGAUGCUGCUAGGAAGUUGAAGGAGAUUCUUCCUAACAAUAUUCAGGGUGUCUUGAAGAUAAGUUACAAUGCACUAGACGAGGAAGAGAAGUGUAUAUUCUUAGAUAUUUCUUGUCUAUUUGUGAAUAUGGGUAUGGAUAGAGAUUAUGCAAUUGACAUAUUGAAGGGGUGUGGUUUUGAUGCUGACAUAGCAAUCUCCAAACUCACUGCAAAAUCACUCAUCAAAAUUACUCCAGAGAAUACUUUGUGGGUGCAUGACCAGCUUAGAGACAUGGGACGACACAUUGUUAAGCAUGAAAAUCUUCUUGAUCCUUGCAUGCGUAGUAGACUUUGGAAUCGUGAAGAGAUCAUGACAGUUUUACUUGAUGAUAAGCAUAGAAAACAUACACAAGGAAUUGUCUUAGACUUCGAGAGGAAGAGCACAGUGAAGGAUGUAUCUGGUGGAAUGAUAUCGUGGAGAAACUUCCGAAGUAACCCCUCUUUUUUAAAUGCAUUUACUUACUUAAAAGAAACAUAUAAAGACUACCAAGAAUGUCAAGUUGAAAGGAAGAGAGAAGUCAGAAUUCUUACUAAAUCCUUUGAAACAAUGGUCAAUCUUAGACUACUCCAAACAAAUUAUGUUAACCUUGAGGGAGAGCUUAAAUUCCCUGUGAGUUUGAAAUGGCUACAGUGGAAAGAGUGUCCUUUGAAAAAUCUUCCAUCUGGAUUUUGUGCGCUGGGACUUUCCGUUCUUGACCUUUCAGAUAGCAAAAUCAAAACAGUUUGGGCAUGGUACACCAAAAACGUUUGGGCUGACAAUGUAAGGGUAUUGAACCUAAGUGGUUGUUCUAACUUGGUUGCUAUUCCCAAUUUAUCCAAGAAUAAGAAGUUGGAAAAACUUAUUCUUGAACAUUGUGUUAGCUUGACUAAGAUUGAUGAAUAUAUUGGGAACAUGAGCACAUUGAUUCACCUAAACUUGAAAGGCUGUACAAAACUUAUUAAUCUCCCAACCGAUGUCUCGGGCUUAAAGCAGCUUCAAAAUCUUAUCCUCUCUGGUUGCUCAAAACUGAAAGAAUUGCCUGAAGACUUAAGUAGCCUGAAAUCAUUGAAGGAACUUCUAGUAGAUGAGACUGCAAUAGAAAGACUGCCAGAAUCUAUCUUCUGCCUAACUCAACUUGAAAAGCUCAACUUGAAUCAUUGCAGGAAUUUAAAAAGAUUACCUCAGUGCAUAGGAUGUUUACGUUCUUUGAGAGAUUUAUCCCUCUAUUCAUCUGGGAUAGAUGAAUUGCCAGAUUCCAUUGGAUCUUUAGAAAACCUUGAGAUUCUAAGUGUCAUGUGGUGUAAUUCGUUGUCCGUACUUUCUGAUUCUAUUGGCAAACUCAAGAUGCUAAGAGAGCUUCUAAUUUAUGCAAGUCCAAUCAAAGAACUUCCUAUUUGUAUUGGUACAUUACCAAAUUUGAAGCGGUUAUCAUUGGGGAAAGGCCAAUUCUUAAGUACAUUACCUAAUUCAAUAGGAAGACUAAAUUCUCUUGUUGAGCUUGAAAUACAAGAGACAUCAAUCAAAGAACUUCCUGAUCAAAUUGAAGCCAUGAAAUCACUAAAGAAGUUAAUCUUGAGGAAAUGUAGAUCUCUUAGAUCACUACCAGAAUCCUUAGGCAACAUGAUGUCUCUUACUACUUUGACUAUAGUUGAUGCUAAAAUCAAGGAACUACCAGAGUCAAUAGGUAAGUUGGACAACCUUACAAUGAUACGACUUACCGAUUGUAGGGAGCUCCUCAAGCUUCCAGCUUCAAUUGGGAAUUUGAAAUCCUUGUACCGUUUACUAAUGAAGGAUACUGGAGUGACUGAAUUGCCUGAUAGCUUUGGGAUGCUCUCAAGUUUAAUAGAAUUACACAUUUCGAAGAAGCCUCAAGUUGUUGGACUACGUAAGGAUAAUGAACCAGAGACAUCAAUGAUUUGCAGUUCACAAGAGGCACAUUUCUUUCCACCUUCCUUCUCAAAUUUGUCCUCAUUAAGUGUAUUGGACGCUCGUAAUAGGAAUAUUUCGGGCAAAAUUCCUGAUGAUUUUGAGAAGUUAGCAUCAUUACAGAUUUUAGAUCUUGGCCACAAUAAUUUCUCCAGCCUUCCUUCUAGCUUAAAAGGCCUUUCAUAUCUCAAGGAGCUUCAUUUGUCUCAUUGCUAUGAACUUAGGUCCCUCCCUCCACUUCCUUCAAGUUUGAAUUUGGUGAAUUGUGCACAAUGUAUUUCCUUGGAAAAAGUUUCAGAUAUCUCGAAUUUGGAAAGCUUAGAGGAACUGAAUCUUACAAAUUGUGACAAAGUAGAGGAUAUUCCUGGCCUUGAACGACUUAAGUCUAUAAGAAGGUUGCACAUGACUUGUUGCCAUAGUUGUUCCUCAGUAGCUAAGAAAAGACUUGCUAAGGGUUGGUUGAGGAAUAUAAGGAGUCUUAGCAUGCCUGGAAGCAAGAUCCCAAAUUGGUUUUGUCAAGAUGUGGUUACAUUUUCAGAGCGCAAAAAUCGACCAAUCAAAAGUGUAACUAUAGGCGUAGUUGUUUCUCUCAACCUUGAAAAUCAAGAUGACAUGAUUCACCAGCUUCCUGGAAUAGUUGACAUACAAGCAAGGAUCCUCAAGCAAGACUUGCCCAUAUUCACCACAACUUUGAUCUUGGGAGGAUUACCGAAAAGGAGUGAAGAUCAACUUCACUUGUGUCGUUUUUCAAAAGAUAAUCCGUUGGUUACCCAAUUGAAAACUGGCUUUAAGAUUCAUGUAACUGUUAGAAAUCCACCCAUCAUAAAAGGAGUUGAGCUAAAAAAGUGGGGUAUUUGUCUUGCUUAUGAAGAUGAUGAUGAUUAUGAGGGAAAUGAAGAAUAUUUGAGUGGAAUUGGUCGAGAAUCCAUUUCUGAGAAGUUAGCCAAGUUCUUCAACACCUAUGAAGAAGAUGAUAUUGUUUCUGAAUUCGACAUAAAUGAAGUUCAAAAUACUUGCACAACACCACAAAUAACGUCUUCAUCUAACACACAAUAUUUUCUUCCCAUUGCUUUUUCUUUUUUAAUUGUUGGGAUCAGCUGGUUUUAUAUGCGCAUAAAAUGAACCUACAAUACUUCUAGUUUGUCAACUUUUCACA